ACACUCAGGCUCUGUCUCUGUGUGACCCUGCUGCUCAGCACAGCUACAGGCUUGCCGCAUCUCAACUCCCGGAGCUCUAUAGUUGGGGGAGAGGAUGCAGCCCCUGGACAAUGGCCCUGGAUGGUGUACCUUAAGGCCACUAAUAGAAUGCAUACCAGCUCCUGUGGUGGUUCCCUUAUCAACACUCAAUGGGUUCUGACGGCAGCCCACUGUGUCGACUCAAACAACUAUCAUUUGAGUCCAGUGGUGGUGGGCCGGUUGAAGCUUAGUGAGACCGAUGGCAAGAUCUACUCUGUGUGCCGUUUUGUGAUCCAUCCUGAUUACCGUCCCAAUGUGGAUGGGGCGCUUAAUGACAUCGCCCUGGUGCAGCUGGAUGAAUUAGUCUACUUCUCCGCUCUUGUGAUGCCCGUGGCACUGCCCACCCCUUGGGAUGUCUUCAACGCCCGCUCCGAGUGCUGGGUCACCGGAUGGGGCACCGUGGCUGAGGACACUCCAUUGGGAGGUAACAAGACCCUGCAGCAGCUGAAGCUCCCCCUAGUGGACGACAAUACCUGCAGAAAGGUGUACCCCAGAACCACUGAUAAGCAGCUCUGUGCUGGAUACAAGCGGGGGGGCAAGGACUCAUGCCAGGGCGAUUCUGGCGGCCCCCUGGUGUGUCAGUCGGCGUCUGGGAAGUUUGUCCAGGUCGGGGUGGUGAGUUUUGGACAUGGCUGUGCCCAGCGUGGCUACCCUGGGGUGUACACACGUGUGAUCAGUUACAUAAAGUUCAUCCAAGACACCAUCCGCAAUUACAGCUGAACCACAGCACCCUCUAGUGGUCACUCAGAGAGGAGAACUACACCUCCGCCUGACAUUUCUCUGUCCCUCUCUUCUGAUUCUCUUCUGUCUCUCCCCUUUUCCUGAUCAAUAAAAUCUUUAGCAGCAUCAAA